CUGCCCGCCCUGGCGCCCUCCUUCCCCUCGCCUUUCCCUCUUCCUCUCCUGCUCUCGAUCCCUCUUCUUGCCAUUUCGCCCCCUUGGAUCCUUCCAGCCCUCCGCGCCUGGCCGCAGAAUUAGGAAGUGAAUCCGCUUACAUUUUUAGGACGAGGAAGAGCGGCCCCCGAGCCGAGCACAGCUACAUUUCGGAUUGCACCCGAGACACCCUCCGGAGCUCUGGGCCGCGGAAGGAGGACAGCGAACGGAAGCCGGCUUGCAGUUCAAGUUUUGAUAGCGCUGGGCGAAGGGGUUUCAGUCCGAUUUCUUUCUUUCUUUCUUUUUCCCCACUCCCACCCCCGUCCGCCCCCCCACCUUAGUCCGGGUUAAAGCCGGGGCUAGUGCAAAGGCAGACGUCUCCCGGGAGGUAGAGGGGCCCUGGGAGAAGAAGACAAGGUAAAAAAAAAGUCGCCUUGGAGAAUCGCUCGCUUUUGCAACAAAGAAACCGAGCGCUGGGCCGAGAUUCCCGGGACGCUGGGCUGGCUUGUGUGUUCCCAGCUGAGCCCGCGGGCUCCGGCGCUAGUCGAGACUCUGCUAGCUCGACUUCCCUUCCCCAGAGCGGCUUUUUCAAACCGCUGGGCAUAGGGACAGUCCCCCCUCCAGCGACUAUGUCUCCAGAUUUCUCGCCUUGAAGACGAAGAUCGGCGGUGUUCUCCCCCCAAAGACACUCUCCCCUUGAGGUGCUUUAGUGUGAUUGCCCCCCUCCUUUAUUUUUUGGCCCCUUCAGUAUGUGCUGCUGUUAACAAGCGGAAAAAGAAACAAGUUUGAAAAAAAAAAGCAGCAACGGACUUGUCCCCGGCUGGAGCCCAGCGCCCCGCCUGGAGUGGAUGAACUUCUCCAUGAGAGAUCCGGUCAUUCCUGGGACAAGCAUGGCUUACCAUCCCUUCCUACCUCACCGGGCGCCGGACUUCGCCAUGAGCGCUGUGCUGGGCCACCAGCCGCCCUUUUUCCCCGCGCUGACUCUGCCUCCCAACGGCGCCGCGGCGCUUUCACUGCCUGGCGCCCUGGCCAAGCCGAUCAUGGAUCAAUUGGUGGGGGCAGCCGAGACCGGCAUCCCUUUCUCGUCCCUGGGGCCACAGGCGCAUCUGAGGCCUCUGAAGACCUUGGAGCCCGAAGAGGAGGUGGAAGACGACCCCAAGGUGCACCUCGAAGCCAAGGAACUUUGGGACCAGUUCCACAAACGGGGCACCGAGAUGGUCAUUACCAAGUCAGGAAGGCGAAUGUUUCCCCCCUUUAAAGUGAGAUGCUCUGGGCUGGAUAAAAAAGCCAAGUACAUUUUACUGAUGGACAUUAUCGCUGCGGAUGACUGUCGCUAUAAGUUUCACAACUCUCGGUGGAUGGUGGCGGGCAAAGCUGACCCUGAAAUGCCAAAGAGGAUGUACAUUCACCCAGACAGCCCCGCCACUGGGGAACAGUGGAUGUCCAAAGUAGUCACUUUCCACAAACUGAAACUCACCAACAACAUUUCAGACAAACACGGAUUUACUUUGGCCUUCCCAAGUGAUCACCCAACGUUGCAGGGGAUUUAUAGUUUUGGUACUCAGACCAUACUAAACUCCAUGCACAAAUACCAGCCCCGGUUUCACAUCGUGAGGGCCAACGACAUCUUGAAACUCCCUUACAGUACAUUCCGGACUUACUUGUUCCCAGAAACGGAAUUCAUUGCCGUGACCGCCUAUCAGAACGAUAAGAUAACUCAGUUAAAAAUAGACAACAACCCUUUCGCCAAAGGUUUCCGGGACACUGGAAAUGGCAGGAGAGAAAAAAGAAAGCAGCUGACCCUUCAGUCCAUGAGGCUGUUCGAGGACAGACACAAGAAGGACAACACCACCUCGGACGAGUCCUCCAGCGAGCAGGCGGCCUUCAACUGCUUCGCCCAGUCCUCGUCCCCCGCUGUCUCCACCGUGGGGACGUCCAAUCUAAAAGAUCUGUGUCCCAGCGAGGGUGAGAGCGACGCCGAGGCGGAGAGCAAAGAGGAGCCGGGGCGGGAGGCGUGCGAUGCGGCCAAGAUUUCCACCACCACGUCGGAGGAGCCCUGCCGCGACAAGGGCAGCCCCGUGGCCCACGCGCAGCGCUUCGCGGUGGAGCCCUGCGGCCGGCCCCGGGACAGCGGCCGGCUGGACAAGGCGUCGCCCGACUCUCGCCACAGCCCAGCCACCAUCUCGUCCAGCACCCGGGGCCUGGGCGCCGAGGAGCGCCGGAGCCCCGCCCGGGAGGGCGUGGGGCCGGCCAAGGCCGAGGAGCCGCGAGCGCUGCCGGGCAAGGAGGCCUUCGCGCCGCUGACGGUGCAGACGGACGUGGCCGCGCACCUAGGCCAGGGCCCCCUGCCGGGGCUCGGCUUCGCCCCCAGCCUGGCCGGCCAGCAGUUCUUCAACGGGCACCCCCUCUUCCUGCACCCCAGCCAGUUCACCAUGGGCGGGGCCUUCUCCAGCAUGGCCGCCGCGGGCAUGGGGCCCCUGCUGGCCACCGUGUCCGGGGCCUCCACCGGCGUCUCCGGCCUGGAUUCCACGGCCAUGGCUUCCGCCGCGGCGGCGGCGCAGGGGCUGUCGGGGGCGUCGGCGGCUACCCUGCCUUUCCACCUCCAGCAGCACGUCCUGGCAUCGCAGGGCCUGGCCAUGGCACCCUUCGGAAGCCUGUUCCCCUACCCCUACACCUACAUGGCCGCGGCCGCCGCGGCCUCUUCCGCCGCGGCUUCCAGCUCCGUGCACCGCCACCCCUUCCUCAACCUCCACACCAUUCGUCCUCGCCUGCGCUACAGCCCCUACUCCAUCCCCAUGCCCGUGCCGGACAGCAGCAGCCUGCUCACCACCGCCCUGCCGGCCAUGGCCGCACCCCCAGGGCCCCUAGAUGGCAAAGCCGCCACCCUGGCCGCCAGCCCCGCUUCGGUGGCGGUGGAUUCAGGCUCAGAACUCAACAGCCGCUCCUCCACGCUCUCGUCCAGCUCCGUGUCCUUGUCGCCAAAGCUCUGCGGGGAGAAGGAGGUGGCCACCAGCGAGCUGCAGAGCAUCCAACGAUUGGUCAGCGGCUUGGAGGCCAAGCCGGACAGGUCCCGCAGCGCGUCCCCUUAAGCCCCUCCCCAGAAACGUCUCUUCAUUCCAGCCCGGCCCCAGUCUGCAGUGCACUUUGUCGGAUGUAAAGAGAAACCCCGGAGGAAGGGGCUGGGGCAGGCCUGGAGUGCAGCCCUUUCUUUUUGGCUGGUGGUGGACCGACCCCCUGAAGAGAACGUGCUAGAGACAGCCCUGGCCCUCUUGGUGUGGUCUGUAAGCCCAAUAUACAUGUGCGAUCUGGCCCAGACUUGGGGGCCCCGCAGGCAUCCCUUGCCCAUGAGCUGUCGGGGGCUGGGGUGAGAGUUAGAGCAUUUUUGUUGGGGCCAUCUACCAGCGAAGCAGGCCUGGGAGUUGGGGCCCAAGAAAUACACCCCAAGGCAACCGGUAGCCAAGCCUAUUGGGGAGGGGAUGGAGGAGGUUGAAAGUGGACCCCUCCUCCUCCGGCUGGGAUUUCUUUCUUUUUUUCCCCCCCUACGCUGUGUUAAGUGGAAACAAAAACACAUAAAACUAAAAAAAAAAAUGGGGACAAAUGAAUGUGAUGCUGUUUGUGGCGAUUAGGAAGUUUCUAGUGAUUUGUCUAUCCAUGGGAAAGAAGUGACUGAACUGACUUCUUUGGGGAGGGUGGUCCCCUCCGCCCCCCCCCCUCUUCUAGUUUAGUCUGCAUUAAGGAAAUCUGUGUCUUCUUUUUAAUAUUUGUGUGAUGCCUUCAGAGCCACCAUAGGGUCUCUUGCAUGUUCCACCAUCAUAUACUUUGUGGUUUUUAUUUUGAACGCUUGCUUUUAGAGCAAACACAUGACCCCUCUCCCCAAUCUUGAGCCCUCUAAUUGGUGACCUUAAGGUGUGUGUGUGAGUGGAGGGGGGGGGGCAUAUUUACAAGGGCAGGAAUGGGGGAAAUUCAACCAAUGAAUUUAUUUUAUCAAAGCUCUGUAGCUGGUCUCUUGUCCCUCUCUCCUGUAUAUGCAAUAACAAGGUUUUAAAAAUAAUAAAGAAGAAGUGAGACUAUUAGACAAAAAGUAUUUAUGUAAUUAUUUGAUAACUCUUGUAAAUAGGUAGAAUAUGAAUGCCUGGAAAUGAAAUGUUAAUUUAUUGACAUUGUACAUAGCUCUGUGUAAAUAGGACCUUGCCACUGUCUGCCCCCCCCCACCCCUGUGUACUUGUCUCCCUGUAGAGGGUCUGAUUUCAAGGUCACAGGAUCGCUUUGAAAACUAGGAAACACGUUUUGCACCAACACUGUUUCAAAAGAGUUGCCUGCAAAAAAAAAAGUGAUUUUUUUUUCCCCUAAUAUCCUAAAGAGUGGGGGAGUGUGCCGCUGCUUGCUUGUAGGCAAAAUUGGGGCGGGGUGCCACUUCCCAGGGACAAACUUUCAACUCCUUCAAGUCUUACUCCGCCCCCCCCUGCCUCCCUGGGAUGCCAAGAUUUCUGGGGGAGGGGGCAGAGUGGGGGGGGAGAGAAGAAGGGUGGUCAGAGGGGAGAGAGGGCAGUUGUGGUUUGAUCCUUUAUGUUUCUUUUUUUCUUUCUUAUUUGUGUUUGCUAGUCUCCAAGUUUCUCAAAGCCAAGUGGAAUUUACUGUUGCGGUCGAUCUUGAUAGUGUUUCGAAUCGUGACCUCCAGAGAGAUUCACGGUUCAAAAGUCAGGUGCUGAAAGAUGGUUGAAAAAGGAAAAAAAAUUAUGAAGGUAUAUUUUGUGUUAUAAUUGUUGAUGAGUUCUUUGGUUUUCUGUACCCCCCCCUUUAAAAAAAUCACUGAAAUUUCAAUAAAUUUUUAUUGAAAUGCCA